AUGGCAACUACAACUAUGGGAGCUCCUGCUGGCUCAUCAUCGGGAAACACACUCUCAUCGCUUUCAACCUUGAGCAAGGCAAGGAAAAAGGGGUUGGAAUUUAAUGAGGUAAAAGUUUGUCGAGGCUAUCAAAACAAAAUGGGAACAAUUGAUACAAACACAGCAAACGUUGGAGGAAGUAUAAUGAUCAAUCAAAUUAAGAAAAAUCACACAGUAAAUAUGAUGUCAAUGAAAAAGAGGGUUGACAAUGACUUACCGUGGUCCUACAAAUAUUCCAAGAAUUUCAAUGUUGCUCGGGUGAGCCCUCCCAAAAAGAUCAAAUCAUUGGCUCCUCUGAAAGAAAUUCGAAGUUCCCCUACCAACAAACAACCUCAUUCAGCACGAGAAUACACAUCCAAAGGAAGCAAAUUAGAUUUAAAUAAGGACCAUAAAAUUGAUCCAACUCAAGAUAUUGAGGAUCCAGAGGAUCAAGAAAUAUAUGAAAAAUUUUUAGACAUGCUGAGGAGAAGAAAAACCAUUGAGCUCGCACGAAGAAUUGCUUCCUCUGUAUUUUUAGAGGCAGAGGAACAAAUGCUUCUGAAUGCCUACAGUGGAGUGCCACAGUAUGUGGAAGGUUUCAUCUCAACUACUUGCAGUUCUGAUCCAUCUAAAGAAGAAGAGGUUGAUGAAAAUUUUGGAGAAGUUGAGGAAGCAUCUUUCAACUCUGAAUCCCACGAAGAAGUUCAGAAUGGUAAUAUUCAUUCCCACACUCCAAUCGAAGAAAAUUCCAAAGAUGAAUAA